CGAAACUUAAACUCAACAAAACUGACGAAGCGUUGAGUUCAAAGCACCAGAGGAGGUUUGUUCGGAGGUUCGGUCUGGACUGGUUCCGUCCUGAUCCAGACUCACUUCUGGUUCUCUGACCCAGCCUUCUGAGGCCAUGGCCGUGUCAUCUCCAUUGGCUCUUCUGCUAUCAACCCAUGAACUCACCCUGGCCUGUGAUCGCUGCUGCAUCAAGGAGAACCAGAUCACAUUCAGGCUAAGACCAGUUCCACACCAGUGUCAGCAUCAGGUCCUACUCUGCAGAACUAAAGGUGGCAGCAGUUGGAGGCCCGUCGCCAAGCGACCAGCGUUUCCAAAUCCCAAACGAUAUGAAGCCUGUUGGUUCUUUAAGGAGGGCCAAGGCUGCACCGUGCAUAAAAACCGCUGCACAUUUGCAAAGAGUGAAGAGGAAGCAGCCGUGUGGACGUUUGAAAAGGAACACAGAGUGGACCAUGAGCUUCUCUGUAACAUGUUGCUCCAGUCCAACGGCAAACCUGAGCAGAAACCCGAUGCAGCACCUCAGGGUACCCUCUUCACCACUCUGGAUCUGAAGGCUGUCUGUGAUUUAUGCUCCAAGCAGGUGAAUGAAAUCACCUACAGCGUUCAGUCCGUUAUUCACAAGUGUGGCCGGAGUCUCCUCCUAGCCAAAAACAAGGCCUCCAACCAGUGGAAGUCCAUAGCUGAGCGGCCUACUGGGGGAACCAUUGGAGCUAAAGUCCUCUAUAAGGUCUGUGAUCACUUUGUUGAGGGAUCUGGAUGCAGCAGACAUAACUUAGGUAGGGGAUGCACCUAUGCCAAAAGCUCUGAAGAGGCCACAGUGUGGAACUUCCUCAGAGAGAAAGGUCUCAGUAAGACGGAGUUAAUCACACACAUAAUCGAGUCUGAUCCAGUCUCAGAAACACCAGAACAUGCAGCCCAUAGAAUUCUUCAGAGGUUUUCUGGGAGAUUCAUGGAGUUCUGCAAAAGUUGUUUUCUGGGACGGCCGACUAAGCUGACACCAAAGCGAUGGAAUGACUUCUCCUCUGCAGAUGCAGUUCACACCUGGGAGCCGGUUCUAGUUCAUCACCUGUCAGAGGACAGCUCAAAGCACAUCUACAGCCAGGUCCGCCCCCUUCCCCCAAACUGCCCCUUUAACUUCUGCAGUCACAUCCGUCAGGGUAAGCCCUGCUGGCACCAGGCUGGCCACUGCAAGGCCGCCCAGAGUGAGGUGGAGAUGGCGGUGUGGAAGGCUGAGCACAGCGGCCUCUCAGUGCGUCCUCACCUCCUUCGGCUCAGUCAGGAGAAUCAGGUUCAGUCCAAGCAGGUCUCCAUAUUCUGUAAGGUGUGCCUGCUGGUGCUGUCCACCCCAGAGAGCUUCUACAAGCACUGCUCUACACUAGAACAUGCCCAGCUCCUGUCCCAGGACACCAUCACCAAUUGGAAACAGCGGCAGCCUCCCCACGGCCGGCGGGCAGAGUUAUGGCUCUGCGACAGACCAAAGACUUGUGAAUACGGCUCAAACUGUCCAAAAGCUCACUCUGAGGAGGAGCUUAAGGAGUGGAUGAUGAGAUCUGCAGAGGAGAAGGAGAUCCGAUGCAGCAUGGAGACUGAGGGCCUAAUGUGCUACAACCAGCAGCUUCUAGACGAGUACAGGAACAGCAGCAAUGAAGUCUAUGUGUUGUCUGAAAAUGUUGAUGAUGUCAGCAUCUCCUGUGAUGAAGAUUUAAGUGUAGAGAGUGAAAACAUCAAUGCAAAACUCUCAUGGAACUUCACGGUUGAGACGGAGAGACAGUUGGUGCAUGUUGCACUGCUGAAGCAGGAACCUGGAGCUUCAUUCAGCCUUGGUGCUGCUGACAGCUCUGAACCAUGCAUCUACUCUACCGGGGAAAGAUUCCUCACCCCCAGCGGGACCUAUGUCAUCACUGUGUGUUUUACAUCUAUGCACCCAGGCCUGUAUGAACAGUGGCUGGUGCUAGAUUUUCAAAUGAGACCAGUCCUCUUGAAAAAACUCAAAGUCAGAGUUGGCCAGCAAUCAGCAGACGACGCCAAGGAGCCCGUCUUCAACCAGGGGGUCAUUGUUGAAAGUACAGAGCGCUGGACUCGAGGGAACAGAGUAAUAAUACCCUGUUCUUUCAGAACAGAAAAACAGGAGGAGCUUUGGAAGGAGUACAAGCCUCCAGAGCUCAGUGUUCUCUACAGACGGCCGAGCAACAACCAGACAGCUCUAACAGCUGAAAACUACAAGGCAAAGAUGCAUGAGUUCCUGUACAAUGAGGAACUAGCAGAGGACCAAGUGGUUUCAAGACUCAAUGUUUGUGGGCAAAUAACAACCAUGGAUAAACUGAACAGUGGUUUUGAGAUGGAGUUUGCCCCUCAAGGGCAACUUUACUGUUCUGUUUCCAGUCCUUACAAGCUCACCAUGGACAGUCCUGAAGGACUGGCACUGAAACGAAGCGUCCAGUGUGCCCUGAUAGCUCCUUCAGACUCGCUGCAUCCUAACUCUAAGGUUUAUGAGGCCAAGGUCCUGCAGCUGAGAACCAAUGAGAACCAAAUAUUCCUUCAGCUCUCUAAACAGUGCUGUUUUGAUCUUGCUCUUCAAAACAAUGAGUCUUAUCAAAUGGAGGUGCAGUUUCAGUUGGAUCGCCACUUCUUAUGUAACAUGCACAAAGCCAUAGACCUCCUCCCAGAUACCAGCAGAGUUCUACCAGACCUCCAGAACUGUGCAGUUCCUGUCACCGAUGUCACCUACGAGAAGCUGAACGCCAAGCAGCAGUCUGCAUUGAGCUUCAUUACAGGGAACCACGAUAAGAAGAAGUUCACAGCGCCGCUGCUCAUUUAUGGACCUUUUGGAACAGGGAAGACCUUCACCAUGGCAACGGCAGCCAUGGAGCUUUGCAGGAAUCCUAAUAACAAAAUCCUGAUUUGCACCUACACCAACAG